AUGCUUGGUCGUUUAUUAGCAAGUAAUGAUGAGGAGAAAGCUUCGUCUUUAGAUGAUGACUUUGAUGAUUCAGGUUUGUCUGAAAUCGUUGGCGGUAAAUUAACGUUCAACGAUGGGGAAAAUGCAGGAUCGUCUGUUGAUAAAUUUCGAUCAUGGUCCAAUGUCUCUGGAAUUCCUUCAGAAUUGUCACCUAGAAAAUCAUCACAAAGAGUAAUAUUUGAAAUAGUUUCUGCUAAGACUGUUACAGAAGCAAAAAAGAAAUAUGUGAGCUAUACAGUUUUGAUUAAACGUGCUCCUGGAUUAGAAACCCAGCCCGGCGUAUUAGAAAGGCGUUAUUCUGACUUCUUGAACUUAUUUCAGAUUUUUAAGAAAAGGUAUCCAACUCUUUUGGGGGACUUUCCUUUCCCCAAAAAGGCUCUGCUGGGGAAUUUCACAGCAGAUGUCAUAACAGAAAGAAGUGUUGCUUUCCAGCAUUUUUUGGCUUUUUCCUACUCUGUCAGGGAACUGAGGCAAUCAUUGGAGUUGGCUGAGUUUCUGUAUAACCGAGAAAUUCAAGAGGCCCACAGUAUGAUGAAGCUUGGACAGUUUGAAGAUUCCUCUGUGCUGCUUGAGAAUGUUUAUUUUGUUCAAGAAAAAAUACUUGACCAAGGUCACUUUUCUAUAUAUUAUACUUUGUGUGUUUUGAUAGCUUGUCUCAAUGCAGUGGAUAACGUGACUGAAGCACAGAAAUAUGCUGAAAUUGCUUUGUCUUUUGCUGCAAAUCAUGAAAGAACUGAGCUUACGGUUCCAUUAUUAGUUUUAGCUGUAAGGUUAUGGUGGGCAGUUGGAAAAGACAAGAAAAUGCUUGAAACACGUUUGCAAGAAAUGAAAUAUGCUGGUGUUAAUAUUGAUAAACAACCCACACUUCUUGAGCUUGUGUUACAUCGGGAAUGUCCACUAAAAGCUUGAAAGGUGAUUCGUUUUAUCUGCAAUUAUUUAUCUGUGUUUAAAAACUGAUAUAUAAAGCUCCAUGUUUAUUUUAUUUAUUUAUUUAUAUUUAUGCUAACAACCUUACCAA